AAUAUCAUCAUCUUCUUCCACUCUUAUCCAGUGAGCCAUGUCUCUCCUCCAACUUCAACUCCCUCUCUCCCAGUUCAAAUCCCUCAAUCUUUCAACCCCUUUCAUCCAUGGCAACUCCGUCGUCUCCACCAAACCCUCCUCCUCCACCUCCAACCACCACCACCAGCGCCACGCUUAUCUCCCCCCAAUUCGCGCCAUGAGAUCUCUCCAAGGCCGCGUAAUCUGCACCACUAAUGAUAAGACCGUGAAUGUUGAAGUGACUCGUCUCGCGCCUCACCCGAAGUACAAGCGCAGAGUCAGGAAGAAGAAGAAGUUCCAAGCUCAUGACCCUGAAAAUCAAUUCCAAAUUGGGGAUUUGGUUCAGCUUGAAAAGUGUAAACCUAUUAGUAAGAAGAAAACUUUUCUCGCUAUUCCGGUUCCCAAGAGGACAGCCAAGCAGCCGAAAGAGGUGGCGCCACAGGACCUUGGAAUCCCGUUGGAAUCUGAUUCUUCUUCGCAAGUUUAGAGUGAGAAGGUUUGUUGAUUUUUGUUUAUCAUUGUAUUGUUUACGAUUCGACUACUGGAAAUUAAGUUGGUUCAAUGUUGGUUGGAUUUCCUAUGA